CACGUGUUCUCUGUGGUGAAUAACAUUCGCGUCAACAACUUGUGCAGAAGACUUUUUAAAAUCAAAUAUGGUUUCCUCUGCAUUGUUGGUAAUGCUGGUCCUUCAGUUUGGAUUUGCACAAAGCUCUAAUAAACAUCUCCAUGAAGAUCAUUUUAUUGGCCAGCAGCACAACCCUGAGCAUGACUUGAACAUCCUGCUGGGAGAUGAGAACACAGAGGAGAUAAAGAAACUCAGCCCAGUCGAACAGAAGAAAAGUAUGAUGGAAAUUGUCAAGCGGAUUGAUACAAAUGCUGACAAUCUGCUAAAUGCAGAGGAGAUCACACUAUGGAUUCAGCACGUCUACAGAAAGUAUGCUCUGGAUGACGCAAAGGAGCGGUUCCCUGAGUUUGACUCUGACAAAGAUGGUGAGGUAACAUGGGAGGAAUACAACACGGUUGCUCACGACCAGCUCAUUAACUUUAAUGAAGACGCUGUUCUGGAGGAUCCAGAGCAAGAGUCUCUCAGACACCUCCACCUGAAGGAGAGGAGACGCUUUGACUUUGCUAAUGUGGACGGCACAUCUGGGCUUAAUGUGACAGAGUUUCUUGCCUUCACCCACCCAUCUGAAGUGGAUCACAUGGCUGAUUUUGCCAUUGAAGAUGUAUUAAAUGAAUAUGACACCGACAAAGAUGGACUCAUCAAUCUGAAUGAAUUUAUUGGAGAUGUUCGUGAUGAGGAGGAUUCCCCUUCUCAGUGGGAGAUUGAAGAAAUGGUGCGGUUCAAAGACCUCUAUGAUCAAGAUAAGGAUGGCAUGUUGAAUCGAGACGAGCAGCUCCGCUGGGUUGCCCCCAAUAGCUACGGAGCGGCAAGAGAAGAGGCCCUUCACCUCAUCAAGGAAAUGGACCACGAUGGAGACGGGCAGAUCUCAGAAACUGAAGUCUUGAAAAAUCAAGAAACAUUCAUGAACAGUGAAGUGACAGACUACGGCAGACAGCUGCAUGCGUCACAUGAUGAACUAUAA